AUGCAACAAAGCACGUUUGAGAAUGAAAACAUGGCCAUAGGCGGAUGGGGCAAGUCUGAUACACGUAGCGAGUCUCAAGUGAAGUUAAGAGGGUGGAUAAACGUAGUUAACAACAAUGAAUGCGCCAAGGUCUACGACAAAGUUAAUCGUGCGAUUAUGAAAUCUCAGAUAUACGCAGGUAGCGGCCAUUACUCACGAGUAGAAUAG